AUGUCCUUUAAAGAAUCCAAAUUGGAAGAUGGGUACUCUGUAUCUUCAUCCCAAUUUCAAACCACUACAGAACAAGUCAGUGAUGACAUCAAAUCCAACGACUCAUCAUUCGUCUCAUUUUUCAAAUCGUUCAAGGUAGACAAGACUAACGUUGUUAAGGGGGCGGAUGUACUUACGCCAGAAGAUACGCUACGAGGUUACCAGAUAAAGUUGAUUGCGCUUUCUUCAUGUAUUGGAUCAGGUUUGUUUAUCAGCAGUGCAUCUAUGAUAUCCUCAGCAGGUCCAGCAGGUACAGUUAUUGGAUACUCAAUUGUGGCGGUUUUGAUGUUUUUCGUUGUCCAAGCUUUGGGUGAAUUGACAAGCUCAUACCCUGUUAGAGGAAAUUUUCUCAUUUAUAAUUCACGUUUUAUUGAUGAAUCAUGGGCUUUUGCCAUGAACUGGAACUAUUGUAUGCAAUGGAUCGUUACCAUACCUUUAUCAUUAGUUGGUGCUUCAAUGACGAUUCAAUACUGGAAUGAUGACAUCAACCCCGGUGCUUGGGUUGCCAUUUUCUGGGUUUUUAUUUGUGCCAUCAACGUUUUUGGUGUCAAAGGGUACGGAUAUGGUGAAAGUGUGUUUUCAGUGAUUAAAGUUGUUGCUAUUUUAGGGUUCGCCGUCUUGGCUAUUGUUUUGAUUGCCGGAGGGGGUAAACAAGGCUACAUUGGUGGUAAAAACUGGCACCCUCCUUUCGCUAACGCAUUCAGGGGUACUUGCAACACACUUGUCAAUGCAGCAUUUAGUUUUGCUGGUACAGAGUUGGCAGCAAUUGCUGCUGCUGAAACCUCAAAUCCCCACAAGGCAUUGAUCAAAGCAACGAAGCAAAUAUUUUGGAGAAUAGCAGUGUUUUACAUGUUGUCGAUAAUAUUGUUAUGCUUUUUGGUCCCAUUCAAUGAUCCUAAAUUGUUGGGAAACUCGAAUUCGUCAGCAUCACCAUUUGUUAUUGCAAUCUCCAACGGUGGAAUCAAUGCAUUGCCGUCAAUAUUCAAUGCAGUUAUCUUGAUUGCGCUUUUAUCAGUUGCCAAUGCUAGUGUUUUUGCCACCUAUAAGCCAUUGGUGGCAUUAGCUGAGGCUGGUCAUGGACCAAAGUUUUUGGCGUACCUUGACCGCAAAGGAAGACCCAUCUUUUCCAUUAUAAUCGCCUUGGCAUUUGGGUUGAUUGGAUUUGUUGGUGCAUCGAAAAACCAAGAAACCGUAUUUGCAUGGUUGUUGGCAUUGAGUGGGUUGUCGUGUAUAUUUAUCUGGUUUUCAAUAUCAUUAGCACAAAUCCGUGUCAACUAUGCAUGCAAAGUCCAAGGGUUGGAAUUAUACCGUCCAUUCAAGGCCAUUGGCGGUGAUUAUGGUGCAUACCUUUCAAUGAUUAUUAACAUUUUAAUUUUGAUAGCACAAUUUUACGUUGCAUUGUAUCCCAUUGGUGGAAAGCCUUUACAAGCGGAUACUUUUUUUCAAGCAUAUUUAGCAGCCCCCAUAGUGUUGGUAUUGUAUGUGGGCCACAAGCUUUGGACUAGAAAUUGGAGAAUGUACAUCAAGGCUGAAAAUAUGGAUCUCUUAACGGGGAGAAAUCAACUCGAUGUAGAAGUAGCAAUGCAGGAGCUUCAUGAAGAAAAGCAAAGAUGGAAACAAAAGCCGUGGUGGUAUAAAGCUUUAGAUGUGUGGUGUUAG